AUUAAAAAAGCCGAAAACCGCCACAGGUCUUGUUGUAUAUUGUCUCUUAUCAGCAGUAAAAUAUUUUCUUCGUGAUAAAGUAACUAUUUACAUUGACAUGGUUUUUUACACGAAGCACUGUGCUCUGUGGUACGAAUUAAUUGUUAAAUUAUCUAUAAUAUACAUAUGAUUAUUUUUGGGUGUUCAAAAACCUUCCAGUAACUUUACCUUACUAGGUCCCAGUAACCUUAUCGGGUUACUAUGCUUACUAUUGAAUGUCAAAAAAUUGUUUUGCAAAACCCAAAAAUAAUAAUUUACAUAUUUUAAAAACGAAUUCGUAACACAGAGCACAGUGCUUUGUUAGAGAAAACCACGUCAAAGUAAAUACAUGCAGUAAAUAAUACAUAUUGUGUAGUUACUUGGUUGUCACGGAGAAAACAUUUUACUGUUGAUAACAGAUAAUAUAAUAUGAUAAGGCCUUUGGCGGUUUUCGGUGUUUUUUUGAUAACUGGUAACACAGAACACUAUUGUCUAUACGAUUGUCUGGCGGCUGGACAUUGCCGGUCAAAGUUCAAACUAACGUUUUGUUUUUUUUUUAAUGUAAAGUUUGAAUUCUUUAUUUUUAAGUGUAUUUUUAUAAUUUGUAUUAAGUUAAUACGUUUAAGAGUAGUCGAUAAUUUAUCGAAAAUGUCCAACCAAAGGAUUUGUAAAUAUUACUUACAAGGCAAUUGUAUGUACGGUACUUCUUGUAGGUUUUUGCAUUCUGAAAACCGCCAAAACCGUGCAAACGACCAGUAUUAUGAUGAAUAUCAACCAAGAAACAAUAGAAGAGGAGGAGGAGGAGGUGGAUCAUAUUACAAUCAAGGUACUCGUCAUAACAGAAGAGACGGCGGUGGUGAUGAUUAUUAUGAUAAAGAAGAGGAUAGUUACAAUUAUCCUAAGAAGUAUGAUGAUGUGUCACAUGGUCAAAAUUACAAUAACAAAAAGCAUUAUUAUCAAAAAAAUGACUAUGACAAAAACUAUAUUAAAAAUAAUGAGUAUGAUUCACAAAGCAACUUCAGUCAACGAAACAACCGCAGAUCGGACAGAGAAUACGAUAUGAAUAUUAACCAAAACCAUAAUAAUAGAAGAAAUAUCGCUAGCAAUAAGUAUAAUGAAAAUCAAAAUGAAUAUAGUCAGAUAAACAAAUUUAAUAAUACAAGGGAUAGUCUUACACAAAAUGGUAAUGAUCAAAGACAAGCAAUGUUGAAAUUCUAUGAAACUGAAAUUAAUAACUAUCAAUCACAUAUGAAACAAUUACUUUCACUAAGUGUAUGGCCAUUCACAUGCUCUCAUCCUAUUGGACAUACAUACCCCAUUCAACCAAUUGGUAUUCUUAAUUUGGUAGAAGUUUCGUAUGAAGAAAUAAGGUGUGAUCACUAUCUUGCCAAAAUAUUAAAUCCUGACGCAGUUUUAAUUCACAAACAACUAUAUGAUAAGUUGUUGCAUAAAGCGCGUUGCCAAAAGGAAGAGAUAAUAUCAUUAGGAGAACGUGUAUUAAAUGAUAUGCUUGCCACGCUUGAAAAAUGUAAAACAAUAAAGAACAACCCUUCGUACCAGGACAUUAUACAAAUGGAUCCAAACAGUUACUGGAACAUGACCAUACAAUUCUUAUCCUCACAUGAUGCGAAUAGUAUUUUGUCGAAUAUCAACACUCAAUCUUUUAAUAAUGCAGCACCUGCCAAUGAACAAAAAAAGAAAGCGGUUAAACCUCAAACUCAAAUUCUUAUGCAAACCGAAGUGUACGGAAAAAUGGAUUGUAACGAGUUCACCCAGAAUGAAUUUGUUGAUUUCAUACCCAUAAUGCCCCCACCUCAGAAAUAUUGUCUAUAAAAAAAAUCAUUCAAUAUAUUGCAUUAAAUUAUAGACACCUCAAAUGUUAAAAUACUAUUUAUACUAGAAAAUCAUAAUUAUUUUUUUUAAUUGAUUGGAUCAAUAAUUUGUAAUUAUAUAUUUAAUAUUUUGCUUUUUAACACAAUCAUUAUUAAUAAUUUUUUUUUAAUUUUGUUAUGAAUAAUGCCAGUUAAAUGUUGUCUCCUACAUGUUUAUAAAUUAAAAUUUUGUUGAGUUACUAA